CGGAGUAUGGACAUAACUACAACAAUACCACUUAUUACUUGGUUUAACCAACUCCCUCCUCCCCCCUUUUCUUGGUAUAGCUUCACUCCAUUCCCAGACCCGUCCAACCGGUCUGAGGAGCCCUAAAGGCUGUUUCGAUUUAGCUUUCAUGACAGACCAGCCAACGGCCCCACCAAGAGCUCCUUUUGCGGUGAUUGUUUAACUUGUUCAAGCUUUUUUUUGCAAAGUUCGGAGUUUCUGAUGGAGAUGUUGGUUCUGCAACGUUCCUCCCGCGUGGAGGAGACGAUAUUUUUAUUUUUGCCUUUGGUAUAAUAAGAAGACAUUGUCUUCCGCAUCUAGAAUGCUGUCUGUCGCUUUUUCCAGCCUUGUCAGCCACUUGCACGGCUAUGAUAUAGAAUCUUUCUGUUGUGCUUCUUUUGUUGCUGAUUCCAAUUGGCAUAAAGCGUCAUCAUGAGACCUAUCGGGGCCGCUGUCAAUGCCCUCCUAACAGCAGCUCUGCUUGCAGGCACGGCUGGGGCAUCCGCAAUUCCAUUGGAUUCAGACGUACAUAUCCGAGCUCUGCCUAAUGCUCCGAAUGGCUAUACUCCCGCGAAUGUGCCUUGUCCCGCCAAUCGUCCGACCGCUCGGAGUGCCGCCACCGUUUCUCCGGACGAAGCCCGUUGGCUGGAGAAGAGAAGGAAGAAGGCCAUGUCGGCACUGGCUGGCUUCUUCGGUCAUGUAUUCAUCCCCGAUUUUGAUGCAGUGGCCUAUAUCGGGAAGUAUGCCGAAAAUCUUGCUCAGCUGCCGAACAUUGGGAUCGCCGUGUCUGGAGGAGGAUAUAGAGCCUUGAUGAAUGGUGCCGGCGCCAUAAAGGCGUUUGACUCUCGUACCGCGGGUUCGACAUCUAAAGGUCACCUCGGUGGUCUUCUUCAGUCGGCGACCUAUUUAUCAGGUUUGAGUGGCGGAGGAUGGUUGGUCGGCUCUCUGUAUUUGAAUAACGAGACAUCCGUGGAUGCCUUGACAAGUGGCAUGGAGGGAAAGGCAUGGGACUUUCACCGUUCUAUCUUUCAGGGCCCCAAAUUCACCAGUUCCACUUUCCUAGACAUCCUCCGGUACUACGCGCAGCUUCAAAGCGCCGUGGCUGGGAAACAAGACGCCGGAUAUAAAGUUUCUAUUACGGAUUACUGGGGGCGCGCUCUCUCCUACCAGUUUAUCAAUGCAAAAGAAGGUGGUCCUUCAUAUACGUGGUCUUCGAUCUCACUGAGCUCAGAUUUCCAGAAUGCUGAAUACCCAAUGCCAAUCAUUCUCGCCGAUGGACGGAACCCGGGAGAGAAGCUUAUCCUCGGAAAUGCUACUGUAUUCGAGUUUAAUCCGUGGGAGUUCGGUACUUUUGAUCCAACAAUUUUCGGCUUCGUCCCUCUUGAGUAUCUUGGCUCCAAGUUUCAAGCUGGGGUCCUUCCUAGCAGCGAAUCGUGUGUCCGCGGCUUUGACAAUGCUGGGUAUAUAAUGGGCACCUCUUCUUCACUCUUUAAUGAAUUUGCCCUUCGUCUGGACGAGGUCGACAUACCCAAGUUCAUCAAAGAUGAGCUACGGAAGAUUCUGAAGGCCCUUGGAGACGAAAAUAAUGACAUCGCAGACUAUAGCCCCAACCCGUUCUAUCAAUAUGCGACUGGGACAUCUCCGUUCGCUGGCGUGCUAUCUCUCCCCCUUGUUGACGGUGGAGAGGAUGGUCAAAAUAUCCCUCUUCAUCCGCUAAUUCAGCCGGCGAGAAAUGUUGACGUGAUCUUUGCCAUCGACUCUUCUGCAAAUACCAAGAACAAUUGGCCAAACGGAAGUUCCCUAGUAGCUACUUAUCAGAGAAGUUUGGACCCGUCUGGAAUUGCCAACGGAACAUCGUUCCCUGCAGUGCCGGACGUAAACACAUUUGUGAACCUUGGGCUAAAUACGAGGCCCACAUUCUUCGGCUGCGAUAGCUCGAACACCACCAAGCCUACCCCUCUCGUUGUUUAUAUUCCAAACUAUCCGUACACGACCUUCUCUAACAUUUCCACCUUUACCCUAGCUACCCCGAAUGAGACUCGGGAUGCAAUCAUCAAAAACGGCUAUGAUGUGGCUACCAUGGGCGGCGGCACCGGAGAAAAGGAGUGGCCCACCUGCGUUGGAUGCGCUAUCUUGAGUCGGUCGUUUGAGAGGACAGGCACCGCGAUUCCGGCUGCCUGCCAGGAAUGCUUCAAGAAACAUUGUUGGGAUGGAACUGUCAAUAGCGCCACUCCGGCGGACUAUGCCCCGAGUGUGGGACCACCCAGCGCAGGUGCAAAGAGCGCCGCAUCUGCCAGGAUUCGCGCCUCUCCAAUGAUCUAGCUUUCCUAUAUUUUCCUUUGGCUCCCUCUUUUGACCUCCCCGCAUCUAGUUACAAAUUUCCUAUUUUCAUCUCUCCUAUACUUUGAAUUCUUUUCCUCUUGAUCGGAUAAAGGGGCUCGACAUGGGAUUUUAGGUUUCGCUUAUUCGGAUAUAUACGCUAAGGGGGGGAGGGAGCUUCACUUUCUUUCAGUGGGAUAAAAGCUUUUGGCUACGCUCCUUUUGUUUGUUAGGUUAGUGCUCCUAGGCAACAGGCUCAAGGCUUUUCAACUGCUUUCUUGAGAAAUGGACGCCCUCUUGAGCGUAGUUCUAUGGAUCGUGAGCCCCCUAGGGCGACCCUACGCCAAGACCAGCCAGAUCGCUCACUCUAGUUAUCCGUUGCCCCGGCAACCGCUGAACGGCGACAAACAACAAACACAAACUCGGCUUUCGGCGAAACGACCGACGACGUCGCUCAACGCUCACCUCCAGAUCUCCAGCUCUCCAGCUGUCCACGUCGCAACUGUUGCAUCUAUGCUACUUGUUCUAGUUCGUGUCCUAAUACAUAUAGCUAAUUAUAGCUAGCUCUUAUUCAAUUCCAUUCAGUCCUUCA